UUGUGAGUUUCAUCACACAACUUUGCAUGCGGACGGUUUUGCAGCGUACGUACGUUGCUGAGCGGUAUUUGGAUCGGAACCGACGAGCUUGCUCGAUCUCGUUCAGCUGCAUGGGGGAAAAGCACCUAGAGGACUCCAUUCACAAUUUUAUUCAAAAGAAUGUUGUCAUGGAGAGGCCAAAGAGGUAUGUGUCUACCUCAAGGCAAAAUAACAUAACAACGACAGUAAUUGAGCUGCAGCAUCCGGCAAACUACCUGACAAAGCUCGCCAUUGAAUCAAAACUGCCUGCCAUCAAACAAAAUGUCAGGAAUGUUUUUUGCACCAGUGGUAAUAAGAAGCCAAUGUUGCCAGCGGGGACGUUUCUGCUCCCCGCUGGGCUUCCCGCAAAAAGGAUGUUCGCAACCGUGCCAAAGUUGACCAAACCACCCCUUUGUGUUGUUGACUCUAACAAAGGACACAAGGAGUUUCAUAACAAAUUCUCAGGACUUGUCCCUGUGUAUAUAAGGAAAAAGGAUUAUGGAGAAAUCCCAACAUAUCUGUUGCGACGCAAAAACAAGCACCCGAAAUCUCCAGAGGGGGAGAGGAUUAUUGAGGUGACCAAACCACCGGGGCCCGAAGACCUCACAGAUGAGGAGUUUCAUGAGAUCAUUGAGGACCUGAAGAAGAAAUUAGCAAAGCUGAAUUCGACCUACCUGUGCCUCCCAUUUGUCAUCGACACGCCGGCGUUGAAGAUCCGCAAGCUGCGACUGGAGAGUGAAAUGACACAGGUGGAGAAUGACAUCAAACUCCUUGAAAUGGUUUCCAACAAGUAGCACAUGAUCUCGUGCGGCAUCUUCACCAAAACAAGCAUAUCAAAGUCAGCAAGAGGCAGUCGGCGUCUGGGGUAAUAGAAACCCCUGCUUCACGCCUGGGCUCACCUCCGUUAAAAUGAUGAAAGACUGAUGUAACUACAUGUUUGGAACGUUAUCAUUUGUACUGCAUGUGUUAUUACUUGAACUUUUAUCUCAACCUACGGACAGUCCAAAUCGGAUCGUUUACAGAUCUGGUCGCUAAGGGCAACGUAUGACCAUAUUAAAGACUCUGGUGCAGUCAAAAUCAGAAUUAGUGCUGUAUGAUUUGACAAUAUGUAUCGUCAAAAUGACAUUUUACAUGUAUAUCGUCAUCACCGUAAAUAGACCUGUUCCUUCAAUGCACAUUUUAGCCAGUUGAUUGGACUCAAUAUGCCACAAUGGUAUCACCAAUCAAUAAAUUGACAAUUUACUCUUCCUGUUAAUAGUAUGUGAGUAAUGCAUGCAAGACAAUAGAAAAUAUAUAAUUCAUCCAGAACAUAAAGUACACAAUUCCUUCCAAUUUUAAGUAUUAUUAAUGCUAAUAUUAACUAUGCUAUACUAACCUAAAAUACAGUAAUCUUAAAUUCUAAAACCCCACAUACACAAUUAUUAGUAAAAUUACAUUCGAGCAAAAAUGUGUACAUUACUGUGCUGCUAGUUUUAUGUUGCACCUUCACUUGAUGCAUUUAAACAACUAAUUAUAAAUGUAUUAUAUCGUGGCGUAUUGAUAUCAUGACAUAAAAUUACCCAUAUUGCGAUAGAUUUUUUUUCCAUAUCGCACAGCACUAAAGUAUCAGGAAAUAUAAAAUGCUUUGUUGAGUCAAUGAAGUUUACUUUUCUGAUGUUUAUUAAAUAAAUGAUUGGAAGUUAUACAUAUUAGGCAUUCAUUAAGAUUUAGCUUUUAAUGUCAGUGUUGUACAUAGAUGAAAAAAAGUUUUUUCAUGUAUAAAACUUGUAAAUGAUUGACUUAAUUGUGCAUAUGCAUUAUUGUAAAACGUGUCAAAGUGAGUGUUUUUUGUUUUUUUUCCCCAGCUCACUGU